UUGAAUCAAGGAGUUUUGUUUUUGUUUGAAUGAAUAAAAUAUAUAGAACUCCAAAGCUGCCCAUGUUUAUCUUUGAAGGACUAACCGGCGAAACAUACAUAAAUUUUAUUUGCUGCAGUUUUGCACAAAAUUAUUUAUAGUGUUGUUGAUGCAUUAUAUUAAGAAUAGUCAUUGUAAUUUGGUACAACGUCUUUGUAGUGAACCCAUUUAUUUACUUUAUUUUGUUUGUCGCUGGUUUGACAGUUUUUAUAGUAAGUUCAGAGUCUACUAAUGUGUCCAUUCUCUUUUCGAAAUUUUCGUCAGAGUUCUUACGGCCGUCUCAAUUAAAUGAUUUUUUUAUUAUUGCGUGAUGAACGGAAAGACUUGAUGAGACCAUUUUCUUUCAGAAACGAAGUGUUGGUUGUUUCAUCUUGUAUAGUAAUGUGUAUUUGAAUUUGCUUACACUUGUGUAACAUCUAAAUAAAGCGAUGGACAAGAGUGAGUCUUUUAGUGUCAUAGUGAGUAGCCGAUAAAUAAAAUGAAAACUCUUUUUGCUAAGUCUUGAUGUACCACUCGAUAUCCAUUGUCUACAAUCUGACAUGUACUGUGAGAACCUAACAUCACAUGAUACCAUACAUCAUUUGGAACAACUACCAUUCCGUUCUACAGAAUUAAACAUUUUGAAGUCUCGUCAAGCUUUUCUCCAUUUCCAGUGUUGUCAGUGUGGAAAUUGGUAUCAGCAUAAAGGUUCUCUCAGUCGACAUCUUAGAUUAGAAUGUGGAAAAGAACCACUAUUCAGUUGUUCCUUAUGUUCGUACAAAUCAAAACAGAAACAUGAUGUGAAGAGACACUUUCUUAAAAAACAUAUGAAACAUUAAAAUUGUGGUAUCCUCUGCCAUUUCUUGUAUUGCUGCAAUAUUUUGAUACAGGUGUUCUGGAAAAGUGAUUGUAAUUGGAAAGAAUGUGUAAGAUCUUUUUGCUUGUGCAGUUGUAUCUUAAAAAACGACGACUUCUUAAGAAAUUAUGGUUAUGAUGUGCACUUUCAUAACUUGUAACAUAAUCAUUAAAUGAAGUCUGCAUAAUUUUUUCACAUACACAGUUGAACAAUUUGGUGGCGGAGGGGAUUUAUAAUGGAGGAUGAACUACCAGAUGUCAGAUAAAUUUUGUGUCCUCCUUUCACUCUUUUUGUGCUUUUCAGAAUCUGAUUUUUUGUUAUUUUUUGCUUCACCAAAUAAAAAUAGAGUUACUGUACAUUAACCGUAUACCCUUGCAUACAGGACCUCUUUGAAAAUGUUUUUCCGCACAAGAAACUUAUCAUUUGUCCCCCU